AUGCGCGAGUUCCUACGGGCCCUGGUGGGCGCAAACCCACCAGGUCCCUCUCCUGGUGGAAGUCGUUUCCACCAGGACGCGGAGCCGGCGGAAGCUGUCUGCCCGGGGGCAAAAAAACUAUUCCUCAUCGCGUUCCCCUUUUGCACGAAAGAUGACAUUGACCCAUCAGAGAAGCUGAGAGGCAACCCUGUCUUUGACAGAUCAAAGCGACACGUGACGGCAGCGAGUGACGCGCAUCCGGCUGCCAUCUCCGCAUCACUCGUGGUUUCCGUCAAUCGAUUCAUGGAUCGUCAAGGCGAAAAGAGGAGGCGUUCCUCCGACGAGUCGCCAGGCGAAACCCUUCGCGAGACAGAGAUUCGGCGGAUGUUAGAGGGCAUGCCGAAGGAGUAUCUCGUCUCUCUGCAGCUUGAUGCGGCUUUGAAACACUGGGACGUAGCUGAGCGUGUGCUGAUCGUUGCGAACACGGACAUAUCCUAUCGCAAGAUUUUUGUGUCAGGAUUGGGGUCCGAGACUUAG